CAGACCCAUCCCCGGUCUCCACAUCCAGCCCUACCUCCGGCGCUCCUCCUCCUCCUCCCACUCGCUACCUCCAUUCAACCUUAAUGCUACCAACACCGGUACUUUAGCCAUCGUCGACCUGUCAGCCAAAGCUAUCCCUUGUGAAUCGUGAUAUUUAAAGCCGAAGUUUUCAGUCACAGAUAGAGGAUCAGUCUCCAUAAGCCCCGGCAGACAAGGCAGGUGCUGUUCAAGGCGUCGAGAAUACCAACGGAAAACCUCUGUUUUCAUUUUCCAAACACCCACAGGACGACAGGUUCACGGUGUCAGUCACACGGACACACAGAAGGACGGACCAGCAUCUGAGGAGACUGCACUCUGAAGGCUUGACCAGCGGAAGGGACCAGAUAAAUGGCGGACAAGCAGAUCAGUUUGCCUGCCAAAUUAAUCAAUGGGGGUAUCGCUGGCCUGAUUGGAGUGACAUGUGUGUUCCCCAUUGACCUGGCAAAGACCCGCCUCCAGAACCAGCAGAAUGGAUGCCGCCUUUACACCAGCAUGUCUGAUUGCCUUAUCAAGACUAUUCGCUCAGAGGGAUAUUUUGGCAUGUACAGAGGAGCGGCGGUGAACCUGACCCUCGUCACGCCAGAGAAAGCCAUCAAGUUGGCGGCAAAUGAUUUCUUCAGACAACACCUGAGCGUGGACGGGAAACUCACCCUGGUGAAGGAGAUGCUGGCUGGCUGCGGGGCCGGUACAUGCCAGGUUGUUAUCACCACUCCUAUGGAGAUGUUGAAAAUCCAGCUCCAAGAUGCUGGACGCAUUGCGGCUCAGAGGAAGCUGAUGCCGGAGACGGUGGUGGCGGGCACGGUGGAGGCCAAAUCGCCCACUGCCAUGCAGCUAACGCGCAUGCUGCUGAGGGAGAAGGGCAUCGCCGGCCUGUACAAAGGCCUGGGCGCCACCAUACUCAGGGACGUUCCUUUCUCCAUUAUCUACUUCCCGCUGUUCGCCAACCUGAACCACCUGGGCAAGAGGGGCGUGGAGGGCCCCGCCCCCUUCUACGUGUCCUUCUUCUCCGGGUGUUUGGCCGGCAGCACCGCCGCCGUCGCUGUCAACCCUGUGGAUGUGAUCAAGACCCGGCUGCAGUCCCUAAACCGGGGCAGCACCGAGGACACGUACAGCGGCGUUGUCGACUGUAUCAGGAAGAUCCUGCGCAACGAGGGCCCCGGAGCUUUCCUGAAGGGAGCCUACUGCCGCGCGCUGGUCAUUGCGCCGCUCUUCGGCAUCGCCCAGGUGGUGUACUUCCUGGGCGUGGCCGAGUACUUCCUGGCCCUGCUGCCCAAAAAGGACAAAUAGGAAGGAACCUUCCUCAUGCUCCUCCUACUGCUCCUCUCUGCCUAUCCAUCCUCCCACCAUGCAUUGCCACGACUCACCAAUCAAGACUCAUCUCAUUAAGCGACGACAAAAGAAGGUUGCGUUGAUUUUCUGUUUUGUGCGUGUGUUCCGUUGAAUGUGGAGACUUCAAACGUUUGGGGAAUCUUCUGUGAGCCAGGCUGACUAGCGUGUCCCAUGCGAGGCCAGGAGGCGGGCAGAGCCAGCUCUCUGUAAUGAGGCACACAUAUCCUUUCUAUGUUCUUUCCAUAAGUCUUUCCUGACAUUGAGUGGAGCUGUGAGAUGUGAAUGUUGAGACAGAGUUGAUGCAUUGCCCCGGGUUGCCCAAAUCAUGCAAACCUUCCCACCACGUUUGCUUCCACCCAGCACUGUCCUCUCAGACGAUCAGGGGGUGUUGGCUUGGUAACAUUGAGAGAUGAUUAUCACAAUCCACUGUACAUAUCUCCCCUGGAACGAUUUCUAGCUGCAAGGACCCCAGACCCCCUUAUGAUUGAUCAGAUAUAAAAUCCAAUGAAUUAGAGUAAAGUGUAUGUUUCGGGUUCAAAGAAAGAACCCUAGGACGUUUGGAUAUUUUUCAAACGUUCCCCAGAUAUGUACCGCUGACAUCUCACUCACCUGGCUGCAACUGGUUGUAAGGAACUCUGCCAUUCAGUCUAUUGGAGGCUGACCUGUAUUGCCUUUACCUAGAUUAUUAUAUAUAUAUAUGACGUUGCGUGACAGUGGCUCCACGAUGAUUAGGACAGCUCUAGUCCGAGGUCUGCAUUCAGCCCUUACUACAGUCUGUCUCGUUGGACCUAUCAUGCAGGACCUACCUAGUUAUACACGAUAUGCAUUUCAAAUAGACGACGUAGCGUUUAAUCAAGUUAUUUUGCACAUUAAUAUGUACACACACUAAAAGCCUGUAAAUGCCAGUACCCCUGAUUGAAGAAGGUGCUAAUUAAAUUAAUUAAAUGUUUAUUGUAAUUACACCGGGGAGGAGCACUGUAACCCAUCCUGAAACCAACCCUUAGCCAUAUUAUCUUAGAGAUCCUGGAUCGCAGCGGGACUAUUGUUUACAGAUCAGUUCGAGCUCGCUCUUCUUAUCGUUAUUAUUUUGUUAUUUUGUUUAAAAGAAAUGAUCCAUCACGUGCAUACAGCGACAGUACCCAAAGAGCAUUAUACUAACACUGAAUUGUACAUGACAAUAGGUGGGCUUUUAGCAGGGGGGACCGCCUUCCAUUCAGACAUAACGCCACUCCGACACUGAUGUCUAAUUGUCGUAGUGGCGGUGUCAAGUUAAAAUUGUACCGGGGGCGAAAAUUGUACCGGCCUACGUCAUCGUUUGUUUACAUCCUGAC